AUGCAGUCUCAUUCCGACCCAAUCUUGGUCCUGGAUCCGGCCAUGCUGUCGGAUCCUGCAUAUCUGGAUGAGGAUCAUUCUGAUUAUGAAUAUGAGUAUCACGACCACGAAACGGAGUCAUUCUAUCUGAACCUCGAUCUCACUUCCCAUCAUGGCCCAAAUCGACCUCCGAGACGACGUCCCGAUCCUCCGCAAACUACCAUCUCAUCUGCCACCACUCCCCCCGAGGCUUUAUCGGGCAAUACGCCUCGAGACGACGAGACGGAGCCUACCCUGGCCAGCACCGAAUUUGGCAACAGUCUCGCGGAGCGGGUGCAGAUCCUAGGUCUUCACACCCGUAAUCCGAUCGUUUCAUAUCGGAACCAAAUCUACAGUUGUUCCUGGGCUGACCAGAUCGGCACGGAACUAGUCUUCUCCCAACCAGAGCUCGACCCCGAGCCGGAUUCCGUAGCUCAGACCUCUCCCUUGAUGCGAAGGAAAGACUUUGAACUCAUUGCCGCCAACAGCGUUAAGAUUCUAGGUCGCAAAGCAAAUCUAAUUUCCAGUACCAGCCUGGUGGGACCAGCUCAGGACCCCCUAUAUUCCGACCCCGCGGUGCAAGGAUCGGAUCCGGCUACUGGAAUGAACCGUAGAUCGGUGCCCCUGACGAGUCACGCUCGCUUUAUAGACCAACUCAAGAGUGUCAAGCAGGCCAAGGGCGAGAUAGAUACUGUACGCGGUUCCUUCAGUUUAAAACGAUCCCAGAAUCUGGAGGAUCGGCUACGCGGUUGGGCGCGGACAGACGAGCAGCUGGCGGAGAUUCAGCGGCUUAAUAAUGCGGCCAUUCAGGGCAAUCCCACAGCCAUGGCGGAGUUGGAGAAGUUGUAUGUCCAAAUUAGAAAUCAGGAGACGGGCCCCUCGGAAAAGGCAUCUCAAGAUCGCUGA